AUGGGCUACUGCAACAACGGCUUCAGCGUGUCUGCUCGCUUCAACAAGCCCAUUGACGAUGUGCUCCUUCUGAAUGCCUUGAGGAUGAUGAUCCUCAAGAACCCGGUGUUCUCGCUAAAUUUCUUUCGUGAAAAAAAUGGUGACAGGAAACACAAUGGCGACAACUUCGUGGUGAGAUCGGUCCUGAAGAUCGCCUAUGACCAGGCGGUACAACCUUUGGAAGCCGCCAGUUAUGGGCCCGAGUUGUUGGAGCAGUUGGACGCCGUAGAAUUGCCACUUAAUGUGGACAGACCCACAUGGAAGAUGUUCAACGUUAAGCUUCGCAACAACGAGCCUUCGGUCUUGGUUUUUGUUUGCAACCAUAUAUUCUUUGACGGCAACGCUAGCGCCAAUGUCUUUGAUGAGCUACUCUGGUGCUUUGACGAAGUGGAAAAGUUGCAGCCAACCACGGUGAGGACUCAGUUAUUUAAUGCUGAGGCAGAUAACCUAGCUCCUCAACCGUCGCUGGAGAUUGUGGCGCCGCACUUGUACGAAACACCUACGCUUUACAAGAUCAAGACGUUGCUACUUGAGAUCAUUUUGCCUCAUUUCUUGGUUCAUUUCUUCUUAGUGUUGUUUCUGAAGGGGACUCCCAACACAUACAAGUACCCGAAAUUCAACCCAGUGCCACAGAGGAAAUUUAAUGUGCUGAAACACCGUCUUCUUUCCUUCACCCCGCUGGAGACUGCCCAGCUUUUGGCCAAAUGCAAAAUGAACGCCUUGACCUUGACCCCAUACAUAGGUGGUUGUGCCUAUACCGCUAUGCAAGAACACCUUGUGCCAUACGCUAACCGCAUUCAGGGAUACAAGCCAAGCCAACGGCGUAGUAUCAACAUUCCCAUUGCUCUUUGUGGGCGCCGUUAUAUUCCUGAGCAUGCCAUCCAACUGCGGUUUGGCCUCUACAUGUCACAGACACUACCCUUUGUUCCACCUAAGCUUUCGACAGUGAAGAAGGUGGGAGACCAUCUAAAGCAGCAGCUUGACAAGACCAUGGCUUCAAGAAGUGCCUUCAAGUUUGCCGGGAUGCUUCGGUACGUGAACGUAUGGGAUUGGUUCGAGGAGGAAAUGGGCGAUCGUAACGGACGUGGCGCCAUUGAAAUCUCCAAUAUCGGCUGCAAAAAAUUCUCCCGUGGAGGCUGGGAAGUAACCGAUAUGUUUUUCACUCAGGGUGUUUCUAUAACCCACCUCACCUUGUCGGUGGUGAGCACUCCGAAGGGAGGGCUUCAUAUCUGUGUGUCUUGUGUUGAAGAUAUGGACCACUGGGAGGAAGAUGGCAAAAAGCUUAUGGACGAAUUCCUUCUGCUGUUCAGAGCCACUUUAAUGUCUUGA